GGAACUUUACAUUUGAGUGAAUUAAAUAAUGAUGGAAAUAUUAUUACUUAAUUUUUUUAAGGACUGGGACGCCAUAUUAAGCACUUUUCAUUUUACAUACAGAUCAAAGGAUAAAAAGAAAACAUCUAACUUUGUUACGGAUCUUGUGACAAGAUGGCUACAUCAAUGCAGCCCAGCAAGUACACGGGCUUGGUUGCCGAUCUGAUGCCCAACAUUCGGGCGAUGAGAUACUCGGGACUGUUUAUGCACAGCUUCACUGGAGGGACCAUCUUUUUCAAGAGGAUUUACUCAUCGGUUCAUUUGGUAGUGAUCGUAAUGCACAUAUCAUUUAUCUUGGUUAAUCUAGCGCUGAAUGCCGAAGAGGUUAACGAGCUGUCCGGAAAUACGAUAACAACUUUAUUCUUUACGCAUUGUAUUGUAAAGUUCGUCUAUCUGGCCGUGAAUCAAAAGAACUUUUACAGAACUUUAAACAUCUGGAACCAACCCAACACGCAUCCCCUGUUUGCGGAAUCGGAUGCUCGCUAUCAUUCCAUAGCUUUGGCUAAAAUGCGAAAGCUCUUCUUUUUGGUAAUGCUGACAACGUUCGCAUCCGCAACGGCCUGGACAACGAUUACUUUCUUUGGGGACAGUGUGAAAUUCGCAGUUGAUAAGGAGACGAACUCAAGUAUAACCGUUGAGAUACCCAGGCUGCCUAUUAAAGCCUUCUAUCCGUGGGAUGCCAGUCAUGGCAUGUUCUACAUGAUCAGCUUCGUACUCCAGGUCUAUUACGUACUCUUCUCCAUGGUGCAUUCGAAUUUGUGCGACGUUAUGUUCUGCUCCUGGCUAAUUUUCGCCUGUGAGCAAUUGCAGCAUCUGAAGGGCAUAAUGAAGCCACUAAUGGAGCUGUCCGCUUCCCUCGACACCUACAGACCCAAUUCGGCCGCCCUGUUUAGAUCGCUCUCGGCCAACUCUAAGUCCGAGCUAAUACAUAAUGAGGAGAAGGAGCCCGUCACCGACAUGGACAUGACAGGUAUCUACAGCACUAAAGCAGAUUGGGGAGCCCAGUUUCGGGCGCCAUCCACGCUGCAGUCCUUCAAUACUGGUGGAAAUGGCAAUGGCAACGGCAUGGGCAAUAAUCCCAAUGGACUCACCAAAAAACAGGAAAUGAUGGUCCGCAGUGCUAUCAAGUAUUGGGUGGAGCGUCACAAGCACGUCGUCCGUUUGGUGGCUGCCAUCGGAGAUACCUACGGAGCUGCCCUACUGUUGCACAUGCUUGUUUCGACCAUUAUGCUCACCUUGCUGGCUUAUCAGGCAACCAAGAUCAAUGGCGUUAAUGUGUAUGCGCUUACGGUAAUUGGCUAUUUGGGCUACGCACUGGCUCAGGUGUUUCACUUCUGCAUUUUUGGCAACCGUCUGAUUGAAGAGAGCUCGUCUGUGAUGGAGGCUGCCUACUCUUGUCAUUGGUAUGACGGCUCUGAAGAGGCCAAGACUUUUGUCCAGAUCGUUUGCCAACAGUGUCAAAAGGCUAUGAGCAUAUCGGGUGCGAAGUUCUUUACUGUCUCGCUGGAUUUGUUUGCCUCGGUGCUCGGUGCUGUUGUCACCUACUUCAUGGUGUUGGUGCAACUCAAAUGAGCUGUGCUUCACACCCAUUUCAAAUCUGAGGAAAUUGUAUCGCUUGUUGUCCGUGUCAACAAAUUUUGUCAAAGCUAAUAUCUAACGAUGCCUACGAAGCUACGCAGCUGCAAUUACGCAUUGCUUUAUCAAGGUACAUCCUUGACACCCCGAAUAAUACCAGCCCAACAGAUAAUUACUUGCAAUCGAAUAUCAGCCGCGAGUUUUAGUUUUAUACUACUAGCUAAGCACAUUUUUUAUCCAUUUUUUCACUACUCUUAAUUAUUGUAAUGCAAGCAAUAGACGCAAUCAAAUAAAUUUGUAGUACAAAUUCAUAUUUAUAUACAUACUCAAAAUGAAAAUAAAUUAUAUUCGAAACAAGCAAG